AUGGAGGGCCUUAAAAGAGCAGGGCUGGAUAGCAUAGAACAUACCUUCAAUUCAGGACAAUUUGCAGGUAGAGUGUGGAGCUUCUUUUCAGCAAGUGCAGGGCUGAAGGAGGAGCAACCAUCACUGCAGGCGAGGCUGCGACAGUGGUGGUCUGCUACAGCAACAAAUGCAGGACAUCAACUCCUUCUACAAGCCACUCCAACCUUCGUUUGUUGGAACUUAUGGAAGAAUAGGUGUGCCUGCAAAUAUGGAGGAAAAGCAACUAACAUUAGCAGAGUCAAAUAUGCAAUCUACAAGGACACCUUCAAGAUGCUGCAAAAUACAUUCCCACAUAUUAAAUGGCCUUCAAACUGGACAGCGCUAUACCAAACAAGUGAAAAAUGCAAACAUGACAUCAAAGUGUGCAAGGUAGCAUGGAACAGACCUCCGGAAGAGUGGAUUAAGAUUAAUACAGAUGGGAGCGCAAUCAAUAACCCCGGGAAGAUUGGAGCUGGAGGUAUACUCAGGGACACAGAAGGCAGACUAGUGCUGGCAUUUGCAACAUCCCUUGGCGAAGGAUCAAACAACCAAGCAGAAAUGGAGGCUGCACAGUUCGGACUGUCAUGGGCGAUAGAUUUAGACUAUAGAAAUAUUAUACUUGAGGUGGAUUCUCAAAUAGUUGUGCAAUGGAUAACCAAGAAAACAACACAUCACUGGAGUGUUUCAAAUCAACUUGAGAAAAUCCAACAACUCAUCCAGCGAGCUCAUAAAUUCAAAUGCGAGCAUAUCUUUAGAGAAGCAAAUUGGACAGCAGAUUCACUCUCCAAACACAGCCAUGGUACAACAGGUCCUCAAUUGUAUUUCAACAACAAUCAAAUGCCCAAAGAAGCUCAAGCUUACUAUCGAAUGGACCUUAUGAAUAUGCCGAGUUUUAGAAGAAAGAAGACUAAGAAGAUUUUUGAACCCCCUUGA